AUGUAUUUUGAGUGGUAUACUGCCUACAAGUUUGUAGUGGACAUCGAAUCGCAGGGCUUCGAACUCGUUGCGACCACCAAAGCCAAAAUCUUGGGCUUCAUAACUAUUGUCGCCAGUGCCGCGAAUCUCCAGAGUGUUGUUAGCUUGCGAGAUGGGCUAGGAAAUACCGGUCGGGUUCUCCUUAUUGGACCUUCACAAAGAGCAAACACCUUUGCUUCCAGUGAGCAGUCCGCAAUAGCCACAUCUGCCUCUCAUUCUGCCGCUCUUAAUGGUGCGCAGGUUCACUACAUCUUCGAGCCUACCCUCUUGCCCACCCAGGCUCCCGGCACGCGAGGGGAGAAUGUUGCUGUGGGCGCAGUCCGUCCUCAAAACCACCUCGUCCAAUGGAUUCUCCUCGUAGAAGAGACUCACUCGGAAGCAUUUGCACCAGUUGUCCGCUUACGGAAGAUUAUUCUUGCGUGCGCUUUUGGCACAACGGGUGCCACCAUCCUCCUGGUACCUCUUCUGGCCCACUGGGCUGUUGCUCCUGUUAGAAGACUGCGCGCAUCAGCCCGGAAAUCAGUCGAGCGCGAGAUUACACCACGUAGUCCCGCCCCGGAGCCACGACAAAUCGAGUCUGAAUCCGGCAAUGAAAAGGGAAAUACAUUUGAGCGAGCUGCGGAACAUACGAAUAAGAAAAGUUCCGCUGGGAUGUGGCUGAAACGCCUGCGAUGUCCCUUGCGGCGAUUCAACAGUUCCGGAAGCGUCGCCUAUCCGGAAACUGCCCGUGGCUUUCGGAUACCAGGCAGGGUCAAAGAAAGAAAACAUUGUGUCACCGAUGAGCUCACGGAGUGGACUAAAACUUAUAACGAGAUGUCCGACAAGUCGUACAAUCGGCUAGAAGAGCGAGUGGCUGAGCGCACUAGGGUGCUUGAAAAGGCGAAAUUGGCCGGCGAGAGCGCCAACGAGAGCGAGACAUUGUUUAUCGCCAACAUAUCUCAUGAGCUGAAGACUCCCCUCAACGGAAUCCUGGAAUGUGUGCGUAAGCAUCAAAUCGACCAGGCUAUUCAGAUUGAAGAAAAAGAGUUCAUGUUGUCUGAUGUUCGAUCGCAAUUGGCUAUCAUCUUCCGAAAUCAGGUUCAGGAGAAGCGUAUUGACUUCAGCGUCAACUUUGUUUCUGGUGGUAUGCGGAUUGGGGCAAGCCCAUCCAGGUUCCAGUCCAACACAGCCUGGCAGACUGGCAGACAUGGUGCUUUGGGUCUCAAAUUUACACCCGAGAACGGGAAAGUAGAAGUUCGCAUCCUCCUCGUAGAGGAACCGUCGAGACUGGAAACCGUGGCUCUGGACGACAUGCCUCGACGCGACUCACGAAUACGGCCCCAGACAGGCUCAAGUACCAAUUCGUCGAUUCAUGGGGCUGCGGAUGUGACCGAUGAUCAAACCAAAAAGAAAUCAGUGUCACAGUCGAAUAUUCGCCAGGUGAAAUUUCAAUUCGAAGUUCAAGAUAAGGGGCCAGUCAUCCCUAGCCAUCUCCAUCGGCGUAUCUUUGAUCCUUUCGUUCAAGGUGACCUAGGAUUGAAUCGGAAAUACGGGGGAACUGGUUUGGGUCUCAGCAUAUGUGCUCAGUUAUCCCGCAUUAUGGGAGGUGACAUUCUGCUAGAUAGUGAAGAAGGGAAAUGGUCUCUUUUUACUUUGAGAAUCCCUUUGGGGAUGCUUGCCCUGGAGGAGGUCUAUGAUGUGACAAUAGCUAAAGACGGUCAGGAGGCAUAUGACACUGUCAAAACAGCUAUGGAGAAGGGAGACGUGUUUGACCUAAUCUUUACGGACAUCCAAAUGCCAAUCCUCGAUGGUAUCGAGAGCACCCGACUUAUACGGCAGAUGGCCUACUCUGCACCCAUUGUCGCAUUAAGUGCCUUUGCAGAAGAAAGCAACACCAAGGACUGUAUGGAUUGUGGGAUGGGUAUCUUCUUGAGGUCGGUGCUAACAAGAAACAUAAUCGAUUUGCCACUCCGGGGCCAACAGAAGCAGUAA